AUGAGUGACCCUGAGUACCGUGACUUACCUUUUUAUGGCGAAUUACAUGCUUUCAAGUGCGAAAUAGUGAUUUUUGUUUUUGAUUUAGGCAAACUCCCGACAAUCUUUAAAGAGACUAAUGCUGUGUUAGACCUAACUUUCAAAGUUCUCUCUUGUAAUAUUCAUACUGCAUUUAGCAAUAUACAAAAAUUACAAGCAGUAUCCACUAUAAUUAAAAUAAGAAUUCCACCAAAUCAACUUGGGAGUUUACCUGAAUCAAAAAGAAAAAUUACACCACCACAGAAAUUAGAAACCAAAUAUGGUAGUGUAUGGAAAUACGUCUGUGUACUCUUGUUUUUGAGAGAUUCAAAUUUUUAUGAGAUGCGUCUCGGUAAAGUCAAAGGUUGUUUUUGUAUUCAAGAAUCAUGAGUGAUAUGGAUUUCCUGCCUUUUCAUUUAGCUUAGAACAACUAGAUUCAAUUUAUUGUAUAUUUCUGCCUAUAAGUUAUAUAAAAUAACUUGGCAUUUUUUCUACUUUGAAAUAAAAAAUAUAAACUAUUUAUUUG